AUGGAGGGUGCCAAGGGAACUCUUCUCUCGUCCAUUGGGGAGUAUGACAGUCAUCUUGGCGAUAACCAGCGACAUCUUCUUGCGGCUUUUCGCUAUGGAAAUAAGAUCGAAAAAGGCGAGGCUUCCUUAUUAGCAGAGGGUACAGUCCAAUCUGUCAAACGCUUUCGCAACGAAAUGGUACAACGUCGCAGUCGUCGAGGCCACUUGGUCGGGGACAGAGGCCUUUCCUCCUCGAAAUCGGAGCCGUUGCUCUCUUUAGCCCAGGUUCAAGAAGAAGAGGAGGAUACAGAGGAGCAUUUCACAAUAAAUAAGCUUUCUCGCGAAGCGUUUCGCGAGCGUUCUAAAGACCUCCUGCUGAGUCCAGAGGACCUCUUGACAAAACGAGGAAAGUCGGCAAGUAAAUCAGAACUUGUGGAGGCCCUUAGAACAGCCACAGCGCGGAAUGCUCGUCUGUUGGAGCUUCGGCACUCCCAGACGUCUCGGAACGCCCAACUUCAGCAGCAGAUAGACAGCAUGAGCACGGAACUGGACUCUGUAGUGGACGCUUUGCGCCGCCAGCAGGAAAAGUUUGAAAACGAGAAACGCAAAUCCAUCCUUGAGGCUCGUGACCUUCGUCAGCAGCUCGCUCAGGCCUUGGCGAUGCUCGAGAACGCAUCGAAUGGCACUCCCAAAAAUGGUAUGCAUCGGCCCACCGUGUCAGCGGAGACUCUCAGCAAUGUUGUCAUUCCCACGAGGCGUUGUUGUGUAACUUUCCGACAGUUUUGCCCCUCUAUGGUUCGGCCUGUUCGGAAGGAGUUCCACGGAUUCGACGCCAGGCGCAUCUGUUGUCAACAUCCAAAGGUUUUGUUGCGUCAGUUCCAAGCCCAUUGUCCUGUAGGUAGCGGUUUUUGCCAGAACUGCGACCAGACCUCACUUGAGGCCUCGACACUGCGCAUAACCGUGGAGAAGCUGGAGGCCGACCUGGCACGACACAGCCGCACCGCCGAACGCGACAUCGGUCUUCUCCGCGUCCAGCUGGCCGACGCCACGGCGGAGAACCGGUCUUUGCGUCUGCAACUCUCGCGGCUCUCGCGAAGCUUCUCCAUUGAAGAGGGCAAAGUGAUGCAACCACCCUCGGUCUCCUGUUCCAGCUGCCAGCGUCUUCAGCUGCUUGUUGACGUUCUUCAAGCCAAACAGACCAACUCCGCCGGCAAGGAACAACAAGCAGCCAGUCAGCCCGACGUCGUCACCGGGUGCACUGCGCCAAAUCAGACGCAACACCAACAGCCUCCACCGUUCGGCAGCAGACUAGACGCUGAGGUUCAAACUGAGAAGAAAGUCGAGUUUGACGCAGCCUCUUCUCCGCUGCCGCUAAAUGAACCUGGUGAAGACAGCAGUCUCUUCAACAUUCUUGAAUCUGGUGCCUCCGCUGUGUUCAAUGUCCCUCGAAUCAACGACCUGGCGACAGAAUUCCUUGAGCAGCGGCUUGGUGUUCCGCUCGAGCAACCAGCUGCCCCUGCUGCGCCACAAUCUCAGUCUCCCAAGGCACCUCCACCGACUGUCAAAAAAACGCCGGAAGCACCCUCUGUGACCCCGGUUGUGGACAUCCCACGACUGUUAGAACGCCUACGCGUUCUCGAAGACGAGGUGGAGUCCUCGGCGGAUCAGUUGAAGGCCAGCAACGAUGAGUUUCUGCAGUUAAGGGAGCGUUUAACCACAGCUACCGUGGAGAAGGCACACCUCAAAGCCACCUUGGAUGGCUUGGAUGAUCAGGUCAUUCAGUUAGAAGCGGCUCUAUAUGAAAGAACACAGGAGUUACGUAAAUGCCAGGCGGAGUUGUUGAAGUACUUGGCCAGUCAGACACCGGAAGUCUGCGUUAUCAACCUAGAAGGUGGUUUAGGGGAAAUCGGGAAGUCCGGUAGUUUUGCUCCUGUCAGUGACGUGUCGAAAUCAUCCCUCCCAAAUUUGCCUGCCAGGAUCACGAGUUCACCUCGAACGCUACAUCGCCUCUAUACGGUAGCUUACUUUGACAAGUACCAUUGGCUGCGAAGGGCUCAAGUCAAGCUUGCUGCAGGAUACGAAACCUUGCUCCCCUAUGCAAUCAGCGCACAAAACUGCCUUAAAACUGCCACAUCUGCAUUCCUUGAAAAGGCAACGACCAAUCACAAACGAAUCUGGCGACCUUGUAAAAUCGUUGGUGCACGCGCCCUCCAAGUCAGCGGUCGAUUGGUCGGUGGCCGGGGGCCCCGCCUAGUGAUUUUCCUCGGAAUGCUUAUCUACUUUUCUUUCCUUCAUUUACUGCUCAUCAACUGCCUCCUGCAGUAG